ACUAAACAAGUCAAUGAACUCUUACAAAUUUGCCUUUUUAAAGAUUACGAUAACCGUGAUUAUAUCACGUGAUACAAUUAAAAUUUUAGACACGCUAAAAACGCGCAAUAAUACUGAAAGAGUUUUAAGUGUGACACACAUGUAUUGUUAUAAAAAUCCAUGCAGUUUUAAACAAAAUAAAACAGUUUCCUAUGUGUGGAAAAUAACUUCAUAUGGACAAUGAAAAUAGAAUACGCGUUUAAGACACUCGACGAAUACCGGUAUCAUAGAUUGAUAACAAUUCAAUUACCGGAUCGAUUUCAAAGAGUACUUACAUGCUUUUCAAUAAAAUGUGGGGGAUAUUAGAUAUCACAAAACAGUGUACAGGAAAUUGUUCAAAAGUGUUUCUAGUACUGCUCGGCGUCACGUGUUUAACGUUCCUUAUCGUUCAACGAGAUUUAAUGCGGAAUGUUUAUGUCAUGUACAUUACUAAUGGUUCACUUCUGAGUAACUCUUCAUGGAACUACAGUGGAAAUAAAGCGAACAUAUUUCUUUCAAUGCGAUAUAGAAGAAAUGGAACAGCAUACAGAAAUAAUGAAGUGUUCGUUACAAGAAAUCAAUCUAUCACUUACAUAUUAGAUGACGUCACAGGCGAAAUGCCAUCUCUAAAUUCAGAACAAUCUCAGUCUUACAAUGUUUCGAAGUUUGAAUCAGAUUAUGACGUAAGGGACAAAUGGCAAAAGAGCCAAGCGCUUGCUGUAUUUAUACUAUCAGCAACCGGCAGCAAUCAAACAAAUAUUGGUGGCUAUCGACAUGAGAUCAAAUUAAAUGGUUGGCAUGGUGCCAAACAUAGACUCACAGCCAUCAAGUGUUGUGUUCUUUUGGUUAAUGGCACAAGAAAACAUUAUUUAAAUCCUAAUAAGACAACGCGCGGAAAGCGAUUAAAUCUGGUAGCAACACAAUUGACAUGUCCAAUAAAAAGUUCGUUGAUGGACGUCACGGGGGUCACGGUGGAAUUUGCGAAAAAGAAGUGCCCAACCAAAAAUUCUGAUUAUAUAGUGCCAUUCAUUCCAAAGCGUCAACCACAACGUCAUUCGUUUGCUAUAUGCUUGAAAAUUUUAUAUGGAAAUGUUGAUAACAAAUUAUUAAUUGACUGGAUAGAGUUUUACAGGGAGAUAAAAGUUGACAAAGUAUUUACGUUUGUUUAUAACAUCACAGAAGAUACCAAUAAAAUCAUCCAAUACUAUGAACGGUUAGGAUUUUUAGAGACGAGACAGUUUGCAUUUCCAUGGAAGAAAGGGCGUAAUGUCGGCAUGAAAACACCGUUGGCAUGGGAGGACGAACAGGUUGUUGUUUAUGAUUGCAUUUACCGUCUCCAUGGUUACACAUACGUUGCUAUAAUUGAUUUAGACGAAUUUCUACUCCCUAGGAAGCAUGACAACAUUAAGGACACAAUGGAAUAUUUAAUAAAAAGACACCCGAAAGCAGCUGGAUUUUCUUUGAAAAGUUUCAUUUUCAAUAAAGAUUGGGGUGUGUCAGGGAGGAACAAUGGCUCAGAUGUCGUGAAGUACAUACAAAGAACAAGUGCACUUACAGGGACGCGUGCCCGUGCAAAGAAUAUACUUAUUCCGUCACGUGUUGCAGUUGACAGAAUAUUCUGUACACACGAGUUUAAUCCAAUCACUGGAUAUAAAAGGUAUACAGUUAAUGAAUCAACACUUGCACUCAAUCAUUACCGCGUAUGUUACGACAACAUUAAACAAAUAUGUGAUAAACGAAAGAGCGUAACAGACGUGUCUAUAAUAAAAGUGAUGGACAAAAUACGAAACAUAACGCGCAAUAUGAUUUGAUGCUGGAAGUUAUUAUUUCGAGAUCUUGAUAAAUCGUGUUCAUAAUGAAUAUCUUCUAAUUGUCGUUUGACACAGUCACUGCAGUCAUAAUGAUGACAUAUGCUGCUCGGCAUUACUGUAGAAUAUGUGUUUGAUCAGUGGUGUGGUUCUAGGACACACAAUUCAUCUGUAUUGUUCUCAAAGUCUGCACCUUCCAAGUAUCUGAUCUGUUGCCACAAAAGCAAUGUGAUGUUUGACAUUAAUAGAUCAGAACAGAUACUUUAUUUUUUACUUGUACAAUUUAUAUACAUACGCAAGCAGAUAUAUCGCUGUUCUUUAUUACCAACAAAUUUGUGUAGAUACAAUGUACAAGAAAACUCACGGUGCUU